AUGUGGCUUGGCUGGGAGGCCAGCACCCUGUUCUUCACGCCAGAUGUCCGCUCGUGCGAUUUGUGGCGGAUAGGCGAGAUUUGCUUUAUCAACAAUGAUGCUUUUAGAUCUGUGAUGGUUGACCUCUCCGUUGAUAAUGAGCUCAGCUACACGAAGUCGGCCUACAUCCGCGAUUUGGUGAAAGCAGACGAGACUGGGAAGCUGCGCAGGUUCUUGAUGGGCUUCCGCUUUUGGGCCCUCAACGCCGGGCUGUUCAAGCAGAACCCAAACGAGCCGCAAGGCCAUCAUCUCAACUCGUACAAUAUCUACUUGUUGGCCGUCCAUUUUUUGAUAAGUGAAAAGCUCAUUGCUCCAUUGCGGCCCUCGCAGACCCCGAAAUACGUCGGAAACUGGCGCGUUGAUUAUGAGCAACCGCAAGUCAAUCUCGUCGGCCAGAGCCUUUACGAGAUGUUUAGGCGUCUGUUCACGCACGUGUGCCGCCUCGACUUCAGCGAGCCAAUUGUGCUGCAUGAAUUGAUGGACGGCAACGCUAAUUUCCGGGAAAAGAACCCGGAUUUUGCCUGGACCGAUAUCAAGAUUGAGGACCCGAUCGAGCGAAGUCAUAACGUGGCGCAAAAUGUAUCCAAGAAGGACUUCUCCCGAAUGCGGGACAAAAUGGUCAAGGCAUUGAGCGCCAUCAAGAAGCACCCGGGCUCGUUCUACUACCUCUGCAAAUCCGAAGAGGCCAGUCGCCCGGCAUCUCCGGUAGAACUACCCGAAUGUGCUGCAAAAUGUGACUUUGAACUCGGCGAUCUAUCUCCCGAUCAGUUUGAGCAUGGCAUUAUGAGGAUAUUGACCGAGGUGCUACAAAUGGACCCCGAUGAUCAGCCGGCCAAGCGGCAUCGCGGAGCUGUUCACGUCGAUUUGUCACUGGGGCGAUUUCUGGUGAAGCAGCGUCAAUGGCUGAAGCGUCGCGACCAUAUGGUGGCCAUCCGCAAGGAACACCGCGACAAUGGGCAACCGCUUCCGUCUGGAUAUCAGAUGCAGCGCGAGAUCACGCGCCGUAUUUCCCGAGCCGAGGGGCAGCGCGCGGGCUUUUGGGUGAGCAUUUCGGGAAAGUUCCACGGCGGCAAGGCCUACCUCUUCUUCAACCGUGAUGGCGAUGCCGGCCAGGGAUUUGUGAAGGAGGAUAUCCCGUUUCUGGCGCAAUUUCUACAGCACUCGUUGCCAAAGCUAAUGGCCGAGGUCCGAGCCGACGAAGCUGCCCCGGAACCGAUGGAGGAA